AUGCCGAUGGAUUUUGAAGCUAUCAACCAGGACAUAGAAGCUGCUAUAGCGCAGGAGGACACACAGUAUCGUGAAAGGGUAUGCUACGACAGUGUGGGUUGCUUCGACAGAAAUGGCCCCAUGGCUCACACGAAGACGUUCCCUUUGUCGCCAUCAGCGAUACGCACAGAUUUUCAGUUGUGGUCGCGUGCAGGACGAGCACCGUUACGGAUCUACGGUGAUGGGAUGACACUGCCCAGGGAAUUCAGGGUUGGCGCUCCGCUCAAGCUGCUCACGCAUGGACUGGAUGGAAACGGCAACGUCAGUUAUAUCCACCAGAUGCGGGAAGCAUUUUUGCGACUCGAAGACGGGAAUGUGGUCGUCGUGGACUGGAACAGAGGUGCAAAACUUCCGGACUACGUCCAAGCCUGCUCAAACUCGGAGCUGGUGGGUCGCGAAGUGGCGUACCUGGUGAACGCCCUGGUACGCAACGGGGCAGUGCAACCCUGGAACGUUCAUCUCAUCGGGUUCAGCCUCGGAGCCCAGAUGUUCGGAUUCGCGGCGCGGAGACUCGCCGAGCACUACAAGGUCAAACUUGGGAGGCUUUCGGCCCUGGACUGUGCAGCGCCAUUUUUUGAGUCUUACAACGUCCUACCGAGGAAAAAAGACGUCCUGUAUCUCGAUGCAGUGCACACUAGUGCAGGCACAAACCUCUUGGCGGGGCACGUCGGCAUCAGACGACCUUUCGGGCACGUUGACUAUUAUCCAAAUGGAGGCAUCAUGCAGAAGGGAUGUGAAAGAAGUUUGACCUGCUCGCAUUACCGUGCUGAACGGUACUUCGUCGAGUCCCUGGUGCGCUGGACGUCGUGCCGGUUCCGGUCGAGAGCGUGGCCGGAGGGCUGCCGCUUCUUCUGGACGAAGAAACGCUGUGGAAGAGGACCCAGCCGAGGUCCUGGGCGCAUGGGCUAUUUCAGCCCCUCAACGCCAGCGCGCGGCGUCCACCACGUGGAAACAAAUGCUGCGAAGCCCUUCUGCAAAGAGUAGCCGCGCAGUGCACUAGAUGUCUCAGAAGGAAACUACAGCAAAGAGAAAGGAGGGCGGUUGUUUGACCCACCACAGGCUGUGUGCAAAAAUUAUUCGACAGUUCAAACGGUCAGGAGCAUCUAAUUUUGUUGAGAAGCUUUCGUGCAGAAGCCUGCACGUCAUCAGGUCAAUAGAACAAUGUCUGAUAAAGUGCACUUUCUAAUAAU